GCGGCGCGGCGCGGGGCGGGGCGGGCUAGGACUUGGCCGCCGGCUGGGAGCGGAGGAGGGGGGCGGGGGCUCGCUCGUUGCUGGGCGGAGAGGCCUGCGUGGUCUUUACCGCGCUGAGCUUGCGGGGCUACUUGGGGGUGUCUGUGGCAGAUGUGUUGGUCCGUGAUUGCGGGAACAGUGGUCUCAGACUUACGAACCCCAGCCAGCAACACCACGCUGCUGUGAUGAUUGUCAAAUUUAAAAAAGUGAGGCUAUGGAUAGUUCGCGCGGAAAGACGAAUCGUGUUCUGUCCUGGGAUGAGAUGAAUGGGACUUAAGUUGAAUUUUGCUGGGAAUAGAUUGUUCAAUACAGUGCAAUGGGAAGAGGUAGUAGAAGGCACCCCAUCUUAGGAGGGAUUUGGUAAAUAUGUGUGUGGUUGAAUGAAUGGAUGAGGUGUGGCGUUCCCCCAACUCUUAAGAGUCUGGUAGCCCAGAACACUGGAGAUCUGGCACAGGGGGUGGGUUUUGACAUUGAGGCCCUUUCCGGCUCUAAGAUUUAGUUGAAAUUUCAUUAUGAUGAGUUUUUGAUUCUGGAAAAUGAAGCCAGGCUCUGGUACCAGGUCCACUGCACCAGAGAUACCUUUUAGUCCUUUUCAAAAACAUGUCCUGUUAAUUGGGUGCAAGUGUAAUAGUCUAGCAAUCCUUGUGAACUUGAGCAAUUUCCUUCAUCUCUGUACUUUGUUUCCCCUUCUGCAAAACUGUAGAAAACACAGCCUGCCUCGCAAGCUGCUGUGAGGAUUGAAUAAGAUAGAAAUAUGAACUUAAAUUGCCCCUGAAACAUAGAACUUGCAGUGAGAACUUCUGGAAAGGCCAGAAAGGAUGGCAAAUUUGUCAAAAGUUAGUUAGCAGUGGCUAAGUAGUUCUCAAACUUGAGUUUAAAGUACAUAAGAAUCACCUGGGAUGUUUGUUGAAAAUACUUACAUUCUCUGGUUCCACACCCAGGGUAAUGUAUUCCGCAGGUCUAGGAUAGGGCCGUAUAAUAUAUAUUUUAACAAGCCUUUUACAGCAGGUAUUUUAGCCAUUAUCGUGUUUUGCCAAAUCCAGUUGGGUGCUGGUUGUGAGGGUGUGUGUGUGUGUGUGUGUGUGUGGUUUGCCCUAUUGGCUAGGCAGCAGUUACCUCCCCAGAUUGUGUUUGCUUUUGCAGCCAGUAGCAUGUUUGAAAUUCAAGAAGUCAUUUCACUGGUGAAGGAGAGUGGUUGUUGGAGAAACGGCUAGAUUAUGGUCGCAUUGAUAGGACCGAGUAUGUUUUUCCUGCUAUCACCUGGCACAGUCUGGGGUUGCCUGCUGCCAGGUUACAGCUAUUAGGCAAUCAUGUACUUCCUGGCUUGCCUUUUCUUUCCCUUUCUACAAAGUGUGAGGGCCCAGUGAGGCUCCAGGCUUGCGGCUGUUGUACCCAGGCUUUUUCAGGGGCUUAGCUGGAAAAUAGCUGCUCGUGGCUUGUGCUUCAUGCUUCUUGGGGAUAGGGAGACUGGGUCGUGGGGACUGGGGUGGCCUAGAAACUUAGAAACUGAGGUUUUAGUUCAGAGAUCCCAUCAGGCUCUUGACCCAGGUCACUGUGGGGUGUGUGUGUGUGUGUGUGUGUGUGUGUGUGUGGAUGUGCGUGAGAGACAGAGAGUAAGAGAGAGAGCUCAUUUGAUUCCAGAAUGAGAUAAACUAGCUUUCAGUUUUCAAAUCUCAGUGGAUUAGGCAGGGAUUCCAGCUCUAAUUACAUUAGAACAGAGAGAAUUCAGAAGAUACUCCCUGUCCUCAUGCCUCUUGCUCUUUGUAGGAAGCCAAAAGCAGUAGGCAUGGGACCUGCUGUGAACCUCCCUGAUGCAGACCACCCAGUAUUGCAGCUGGGAACUUGCUCAGAGUCUCCUUCCUUCUUGAAGAGCAGCUACCUGCUGUGCUAAUGGUUUCUCAAUUCUGGAGCUUUACCUCUUCCUCACCUUACCCUACCCCUGCCUCUUGACUCUCCUCUAUGAAGCAAGAGAGACCUAGUGCCUCAGGAUACUUCAGUGGGGGAGAGGGCUAUGGGAGCUGCCCAAGACCACCCCCAGCAUGAAUUGAGAUAGUUGGUGGGAGCUAGAUUCAGAGGAAAGCCUGCUGGGUGACUUCCAUCCCGAUUUUCUCUCUACCUUUCCAGCACACUUCCUGCUCCCAACCUGCCUAGAAGGGAUUAUCAGGGGCCAGAUGGGAUUGGCAGAGGGAAGGGCAGGUGGGCGGAACUAAUGGCUGCUCUAGGAGGGCAUCAAAGGAAAAACAAAUAUUUGCUCUGGUUCUUCAAUACAUUCCUGGUAUCCAAAUGACAUUUCCUUCUGUGAUUCUCCCAGCUCCCCUGGCCGCCCUUCCCCCUAAAGAGGAAAACACAUGCUAGGGUCUCUGGAAUGGUGGAGUCCACCAAAGCCUUUUGAUGAUCUGCAUGAGAAGUCGUACCUCCAAGGUACAACUUCAUCUUUCUGCGCAAAGGGGCAGUGAGGGUUAUGAGACCAAGUGGGCAGUGCUCUGGAGCGAGGGUGCUUCUGUCUUUUUUAUGUAUUGGAUUGCUGUGCAGGAUUUCCAAAUGUUUGAAAAUGACUGAGAUGGUCCGAUUCCUUCAUUGACAGAUAGAGUAACUGAGGCCCGGAGAGGGGAAGUGACUUAUCCUGUAGCUGGGGAGUGGGAUGCCUGCAACGUGGGCUCCUGGAUGACCAAGUACUGAGUCCUGGACUGGGAGAGGCCUUGAGAUGAGCCGGGGCUUGCCUCUGUGUACUUUGUUAUUCCAACAGUUAGCUCCCGCUGCCUUUCCCGUAGCUCCAGGCAAUGCUUCAGGUGGGAAGAGUCACUGGGAACCAACCCCCACCCUCACAUACAAUGACUGUGUUGAAGGAUUCUGGGUGGGUGAACUACACUGUAUUCUCUGGUUUCAAAUCUUGUUGGGGAUGCUGCCUAGCUGACAGUCAAGGCGACAAGGGUUCAAAUCAUGGCUCCAUUGCUUACCAGCUGUUGUGAUCUCUCUGUACCUCAGUUUCCUAAUCUGACUAAAGUGGGGGAGAUCAUCAUUCCCACCUCGUGGGGUUCCCUGAGGAUUAAGUAAGAUAGCAUAUAUAAAGUGCUUAGCACAGUGUCUGCCACACACAGUGUUAUUAUCCCAGCAACGCUGGCUUUGAUGAAGCCCUGCCCUUCCCUUUCCUGGGGAAUCCCUGCAUCCUGGAGGUCUGUCCUACCCCCAGAAAGAGAGUGGAUUGUGUUUGGCUUCCCUAAGCCAAAUGACUUUGUUCAAAGUCCUAGUCUUUCCUUCAGCCCCAGUUCCAGAGACGAACUGAACUCCUACCUGGCCAGCUGCCAAGGGCUUGCUUGGCAGGACACUGUCCUCCCAGCUCCUCCUGCACCUGCCUGCUCAGCAGCAGGCAGGGAGGCUGCAGGCCACUCUUGUCCUUGAGCUCCAGCCAAACCAUACAAGAAGGCUGAGCAGGGAAGCUCCUUGCCCAACAACCUGGUAGAGGGGGCUGGAGGAUGGCAAGGAGAGGGCAGCACAGUAUGGGAAUGUGGCUCAGGCUCCCCUCGGAGCCCAUUCCUGAUUGCUGCCUCGCUCUCUGGCUGGUGUAGUGGGAUGGCGAGCCACCCCGUAGGCCCACCCCCAUUCUGCCCAGUCUGGGCCUACCCAGCCCAACCUCUCCUCCAUUAUCUAAAUGGGUCAUCCUCCAGCUCCUUGUCCUGCCUCCCAGACAGCAGCUGCUCCACAAAAGGCCAGAGAGGAAUCAAGGAUCUUGGCUCCAACUCUGGGUGAUAGCUAUGACCAGAGAUGCCCAGCUUGCACCUUCUCUCCCUCCACCUAGAGCCAGCAUCUCUGGAUCUUCUUUUUCUAAGGCCUUCUGCCAUCCUCUCCUGAAUCCAGAUUGUUCCUGAUCUGAGUACCUGGGAGGGAAGCAGUUUUUACCAAAUGAGCCACAGCACCUGCCUCUCCAGGGUGUUGGCAAAGGAAUGGGCAUGUUUAUAUAUCUGCAAGUGGGAGGGGGUGGCUGGUUGUGCUGCACAGGCUGGCCCAGGGCGAGAUGUGGGGCCUUCCCUUCUCCAGCAAUGGGAGGUAGGCAGGGAAUCUCCGAGGAAAUAUUUUCUUCUGAGAUGGAAGCUUCUCCAGGCACCAUCCUUCCAUCUUCAAUCCUGAUUGUGUCUUGAUGUGUUGGGAAACCUUGGAAAAGUCAGUGCACCUUUCUGGACUUUGGUGUGUGCCAUUUGCAAAACAGGAUGAGGAAUUAGCCUUGCUGUCUCUUUCAAUGUCCAGGACCGCAGGGUCAAGAAAACCACUGGGGCAGUAUCAGAAAUUAUGCUCAAGCAGGCUACCAUGGCCACAGUAUGGGGCUCCUUAUAAUAAUCCUUGGCUAGCACCUUCCUGGCAUAGUAGCAGGUGGCCCAUUUCUGAAGAAGUUCAACAUAGGGUUCUAGAGUUUGGAAAAGUACUUAGAGAUCCCGAUGUGCAAAUUCAUGAAUGGCUCUUUCUGGCCUUUGCUCAAGCCUUUCUUUCUGCCUUUGUUGCCCCUCCCUAGCCCACCUCCCUUGGCUUAGCAAAACUCACCGAUCCUUCAAAAUCGAAAGCAGUUUUCUCCCAGAGUGGUUUUCCCUGCUCCUCCAAUAAGCAAAGGAACUUCUCUCCAGUGCUCCUGCAGCUCUGCAGGCAGGGACGUCAACUGCCAUGUUUAUCACAAUAGAAUGGAGUUUAUCUAAUCGUUAGUCCUCCCACUGGAGGACUGAAUCCCUAACACCUAGCACAAGCGCCAGCCAGGCAUGUCGAAGGCAUCAGCAGAUGACUGGAAGAUAAAGAUCCUUUCGUUUUUCAGAUGAGGACAUGAAAAACAACCAGAUGAUGAGUUAACCAGACUUAUCUGAUCAAGUGACUUAUCUUGAGUUGCACAGCUCAAUAGGGGCAAAUAAGAAUUAGAUACGUGGGCUCUUGAUGCCCCCUCCACUAAUCAGAUGUUCAAGUUUAUGUAAUUAUUAUUGAAUAUAGUUUUCCUACCCCUUCUCAGUAGGAUGGCCAUAUAAUGUAUUGUCUAAACUUGUAUACUUUAGAGAGCAAAAGGGACAAUAUUAGCAAUUAUACCAGGACUGUCUUACGCAUGUGGCCUUCCUCCAUCUGGGUGAUUCAUUCAGCAAUUGUUACCCUCUUCCUUGGCUUUAGUCAUCUUAUUUUUAUUUUUUAUUUUUUUAACACAGAGUCUCGCUCUGUCACCCAGGCUGGAAUACAGUGGUGCAAUCUCAGCUCACUGUAACUUCCGCCCCCCAGGUUCAAGCAAUUCUUGUGCCUCAGCCACCAAGUAGCUGGGAUUACAAGAAUGCAUUGCCAGGUCCAGCUAAUUUUUGUAUUUUUAGUAGAGAUAGGCUUUUACCAUGUCAGCCAGGCUGGUCUCGAACUUCUGGCCUCCAGUGAUUCGCCUGUGUCAGUCUCCCAAAGUGCUGAGAUUAUAAGCGUGAGCCACCGCGCCCAGCCUAGUCAUAUAUUCUAGAGAAUGGUUGAGGAGCUUGCAGAUGAGAACAAAGGUCCCUAAAAAUUAGUCCUUAUAACCGAGGUGGACUCCACCCAUGUCUGGGAAGAAGAGGAGAAAAAUCUUAUCUGAGCGCUGGUCCUAUCAGUCAAAGAUCAUCAGCCCAGUGACUUGACUAGUAAAUAUUUGUGAUUGUUGUUCACCAGUAAACAACUGUUGCACGCUUUCUGUAUGCUGAGCUCUGUCUAGGCCUAAGUUGUUGCUCUAAUCUGCUUUGACGGGCCAGCCAGCGGAUAGCUAGAGCCCACCUUUGGGGCCAGGAGAGGCCGGGGAGCAGUGGCCCAGCCCCACCAGGGCAGUGAUGCAUGGCUUCUCUUGUCUGCCACCUGCUCGGGGACUGAUGGAGGCCUGAUGACAUAACUUGUUUGCUUCCUGGAAGGUGCCAGCCGUACUGUGAUCUGCUGGGACCUAAUGUGGAUUACCUGGUGGGUCCCUAACCUACCCCCUGAGGCCAGAGCACACAAACUUGCAGGAGGCUGAACUGUUUGAGGAGGAUUAACUGCUCUGAUGUAGAGUCAUGGGCUUCCGGAGUGAAAGAGAUGGAUCUUGGGCUUCAAUUUGUUGCACCUUCCCCCAUGCAGAGACUCCGCCCAGCACCUCUAAGACCUCUUUCUCCUUGUUUUGGAACCUCAUUUAUUUUAGGCCUUGUCAUCUCUAGAGUUCUGCCCCUAAGCCUAUGAUGAUUUAUCUCACUAUUGUAUCUGCAAGUAUACAACUGUACAUCCAAGAUAGGCCUAUGUGUGCAUUUUAAGUUUUGAAAUAGUUUGGAUUACUAGAUAUGGGAUUUGUGUUUAUGUAUGAUUGAUUGUUUGCUUUUUAUGGACCUCUAUCUCUGAAGAGCUCAUAGAACUUUAUCCAUUGUCUAAUUUUAAACAAAGAAUUUUAGAGAGAAAAUAGCUUGUCCAUGAAAUCUCCCCUUCGGGAAGAGGAAAAAGGUAUGGAGGCGAGAGGAGUGUGGGAAUGAUACUCCAGGUUGAACCCAGGAGAGAGAGGUGCCUCCUAGAUAAAGGAGGAUUCAAGCCCUCUACACCUACCCCUGGCCCCCUGCCCAAUUCCAAGCCCAGGUUUUUGUUUUGUUUUGCUUUGUUUAGCUCACAAGAGAGAGAUGGAUGGUUUGGAGCAGAAGGGGGGUAGCCCCAUUGCAUCCCCUGCAGCUGCAGCCUGGGCCUCUCCAGCAUCUUGGGGAGGAGGCUCCAUGGUGACCAUCCCUCCCGCCUGCCAUUGUCCUCCCUGCCAUGCUCAGGGAGGGCCCAAGAGCAGGGCCUCCCUUCUUUCACGGAUGCAGCUCUGGGGGGAGGAGCAGGGUGGAGGGCACGCCAUCCCUGGCCCGUUGCCGGGGUGACCGGCCCUGGCCAUUGUGAGCAGCUCCUCUUACGGGAUUAGGGCUGUUCCGCAUUCUUGUCCGAUGGAGAACACAGGACAGCAGGGCCUGCUGCCCCCGCAAGCCAGAAGCCAUUGUCUGCCUCCAGAGCCCUGAGAAAGGGUGGAUUAGAGGCCCCGCCCCUAGAGCAGGGGUUUCCUUUUUUUCUGUCUCCCUUUGAAUCUUGAGGGGAGGCAAACCCUCCUGGGAAAUGGAACGAGGAGCUGUUUACCGCAGUCUGGGUCUUUAGGUUUCUCACCACUUACCUAUUUCCCCCAUAAGAGGAAGUCUCGUAUUUACCAUUGGUGUCCUUGGACAGCACUUGCCGGGAACUGGCCGGCCCUAUGACACCCUACCCCCACCCCGCUCAUCAUCCUGCCCAGCCCUGCAGCCUCUGAGGGCCCCGUGGCAUCUGUACAGCUCAUUUCAUAGACGCAGAGCAGGAAAGCCCCUCAGAUCUUUUCAUUCAACCUGUUUGUUUCAUGGAAAAGACAACCAAGGGUCUGAGAAGGGGUGGGACUCGCCCAGGGGACAGCGGCAGACUUCCCGGGGCAGCGUCCCUCCCCACCUCUGUGCCCCGGGCCUUGUUCAUUGGUAUUUUCUGGGGUUUUGUCCAGGAGCUGCUGCUGAGAAGGGUGGAGCAGAGAGGGACCAAGACCCUCUGUGGCUCAGAGCUUUGCCAGCUGCAUCUCGACAGCCCAGUUCCCACUUCCUCCUGCCUCACUCCACCCUUCCUGAGCCCACCACACACACUUAGGCUUAGCCCUCAGCCCACAAGUGUUGUUUUUCAUCUUGCUGGGCUAAAAUAGCAAGCCCUCUGGACGGUCCCAACUGUUGAGUUGUUUGUUUGUUGUGAGGGGAGGAGGAGGAACAUUUCUUUUUCUUUUUCUUUCUUUUUUUUGGGGGACAGAGUUUCGCUCUUGUUGCUCACGCUGGAGUGCAAUGGCAUGAUCUUGGCUUAUUGCAACCUCCACCUCCCAGGGUUCAAGCAAUUCUCCUGCCUUAGCCUCCUGAGAAGCUGGGAUCACAGGUGUGCACCACCACAGCCAGCUAAUUUCUGUAUUUUUAGUAGAGAUGGAGUUUCUCCAUGUUGGUCAGGCUGGUCUCGAACACCCAACUUCCGGUGAUCUGCCGGCCUCAGCCUCCUCCCAAAGUGCUGGGAUUACAGGUGUGAACCACACCACCUGGCCGAAAUGUUUUUAUCUGAACUGAGUAAACUUGUUUAGGGUUUUGUUUUUUUGUUGUUGUUUUUUGUUGCUGUUGUUUUUUCCAUAAUUUUGGGACCAAUUUUUAAAAGCCUGUGGUAAAAUGUAUGUAAUAUAAAAGUUACCAUUUAAAGUGUACAGUAGUGUUAAAUUUAACGUUGUUGUAACUCAGUCUCCAGAAUUCUUUUCAUCUUACAAAAUGGAAACUCUAUACACAUUAAACAACACCUCCCCACCUCCCCUCCCCCAGUCCCUGGUAACCACUGUUAUUAACACUCUCUGUCGCUACGAAUUUGCCUAUUCCAGGUACCUCAUCUAAGUGGGAUCAUACAAUAUUGAUCUUUUCAUGACUGGCUUAUCUCACUUGGCAUUAAUGUUUUUAAGGAUCAUCUGUGUUACAGCAUGUGUGAGAAUUUCAUUCUUUUUAUGGUUGAAUAAUCUGUUCCAUCCUAUGGACAUACCACGUUAUUUAUUCCUAUAUUCCUUUUUUUCUUUUUCUUUCCUUCUUUUUUGAGACAAGAUCUUGCUCUGUUGCCCAGGCUGGAGUGCAGUGGUGCAAUCAUGGCUCACUACAACCUCUGCCUCCUGGGCUCAAGCAAUCCCCCACCUCAGCGUGCACCUGUAGCUGGGACUACAGGCAUGUGCCACCACACCUGGCUAGUUUUUGUAUCUUUUGUAGAGACAGUGUUUCACCAUGUUGCCCAGGCUGGUCACAAACUCCUGGCCUCAAGUGAUCCUCCUAUCUUGGCUUCCCAGAGUGCUUGGAUUACAGGCAUGAGCUACCACACUCAGACCUAUCCCUACGUUUCUUGAUGAACAUUUGUGCUGUGUCAACUUGGUGGCUAGUGACUGAUUGCUUAUAGCAAAUUACAGUUCUGGGACAGAAAAAGUGCCAAACUCAGAAUCAGAUGAGCACAUCAUCUAACCUCUCUGAGUCCCAGUUUCUUCACCUGUAAAGGGGAAUGAUGAUGCUUUCUGUGCCCACAUCCCAAGGUUGUUAUGAGGGCCAGUUCAUUUACUAAUGUAACAAGGAGUUAUUCUGUGCCUACUGUGCACCAGGCACUGUACUCAGCAUCAGUAAUUCAGUGGUGAGCAAAACUGGCCGGUCCCUGUCCUCAUGGUGCAGCUCGGCACAUUUGCUUUAUAAAUCAUAAAGUAUUGGCCUUGCAAAUGCAGGUUUUUACCUUCCUUGUCCGUCUGUAGACUGUGAAUACGGAGGUGACUGGUCCAUAUUUCUCCUGCUGCAUGGACCAUGUGUACUCAGUUCAGGUGGCCAUCAAGUCCAUCCGGAAGGACAAAAUCAAAGAUGAGCAAGAUCUGAUGCAUAUACGGAGGGAGAUUGAGAUCAUGUCAUCCCUCAACCAUCCUCACAUCAUUGCCAUCCAUGAAGUGUUUGAGAACAGCAGCAAGAUUGUGAUUGUCAUGGAGUAUGCCAGCCGGGGCGACCUUUAUGACUACAUCAGCGAGCGGAAGCAGCUCAGUGAGCGUGAGGCUAGGCAUUUCUUCCGGCAGAUUGUCUCCGCGGUGCACUAUUGCCAUCAGAAUGGAGUUGUCCACCGGGAUCUCAAGCUGGAGAACAUCCUCUUAGAUGCCAAUGGGAAUAUCAAGAUUGCUGACUUCGGUCUCUCCAACCUCUACCAUCAAGGCAAGUUCCUACAGACAUUCUGUGGAAGUCCUCUCUAUGCCUCGCCAGAGAUUGUCAAUGCGAAGCCCUACAUAGGCCCAGAGGUGGACAGUUGGUCCCUGGGUGUUCUCCUCUACAUCCUGGUGCAUGGCACCAUGCCCUUUGAUGGGCAUGACCAUAAGACACUGGUGAAACAGAUCAGCGACGGGGCCUACCGGGAGCCACCUAAACCUUCUGAUGCCUGUGGCCUGAUCCGGUGGCUGUUGAUGGUGAACCCCACCCGCCGGGCCACCCUGGAGGAUGUGGCCAGUCACUGGUGGGUCAACUGGGGCUACGCCACCCGUGUGGGAGAGCAGGAGGCUCUGCAUGAGGGUGGGCACCCUGGCAGCAACUCUGCUCGGGCCUCCAUGACUGACUGGCUCCGGCGUUCCUCCCGCCCCCUCCUGGAGAAUGGGGCCAAGGUGUGCAGCUUCUUCAAGCAGCAUGCACCAGGUGGGGGGAGCACCAACCCCAGCCUGGAGCGCCAGCAUUCGCUCAAGAAGUCCCGCAAGGAGAAUGACAUGGCCCAGUCUCUCCAUAGUGACCCAGCUGAUGACACUGCCACUCGCCCUGGCAAAAGCAAUCUCAAGCUGCCAAAGGGCAUUCUCAAGAAGAAGGCAUCAGCCUCUGCAGAGGGGGCACAGGAAGACCCUUCUGAGCUCAGCCCCAUCCCUGCGAGCCCAGGACAGGCUGCCCCCCUUCUCCCCAAGAAGGGCAUCCUCAAGAAGCCCCGGCAGCGAGAGUCUGGCUACUACUCCUCUCCCGAGCCCAGUGAGUCUGGGGAGCUCUUGGAUGCAGGUGAUGUGUUUGUGAGCACGAAUCCCCCGGAGCAGAAGCCCCCGCAAGCCUCAGGGCUGCUCCUGCAUCGCAAAGGCAUCCUCAAACUCAACGGCAAGUUCUCCCGGGCAGCCUUGGAGCUCUCAGCCCCCACCACCUUUGGCUCCUUGGAUGAACUCGCCUUGCCCCGCCCCCCGGCCCGGGCUAGCCACCCCUCAGGGGCUGUGAGCGAAGACAGUAUCCUGUCCUCUGAGUCCUUUGACCAGCUGGACUUGCCUGAACGGCUCCCAGAGCCCCCGCUGCGGGGCUGUGUGUCUGUGGACAACCUCAUGGGGCUUAAGGAGCCCCCAUCAGAGGGCCCUGUAAGCUGCCUGAGGCGCUGGCAGCAGGAUCCUUUGGGGGACAGCUGCUUUUCUCUGACAGACUGCCAGGAAGUGACAGCAACCUACCGACAAGCACUAGGAGUCUGCUCAAAGCUCACCUGAGGCAGGUAGGCAUUGCCCCAGCCCGGGCAGGGUCUGAGAUGCAGCUGGCUGCACCCUGACAGGAGAUGCCUUCUCCCGCGCCUCCCAGGACCUGCAUCCCAGCUCAGAAGGCUGAGACGGUUUGCGGUGGAGCCCUGGGCAGGUCUGGAUGUGGGAAGUAGGCAAGUGCAUCCUUGAUAAAGUACAUCAAGGAUUCAGUGUCUUCAGCUCUGCUGAACCAAGAGGAUAACAGAGAAAGAGAGAAUGGGAAGGCCCACAUCAAGAGUCCAGGUUGCCUGUUUUUUUUGUGCACGUAGUCGGGCCACAGAGACCUGGAGAACUACCAGGGCCCAGCUCCUGCAUCCCAUGAAAACACUGUACAUGUGGUGCCUUCUAAGGACAGCCCCUUCCCUACUCAUUCUCUGCCAAAGUGGGGCCAGACCUCUUCACACACACAUUCCCGUUCCCACCAACCACCAGAACUGGACAGUGGCACCCAGAAUGUGCCUGAGUAACCCUUCCUUAUUUAUCCUUGGAGUAAGAGAACACAACCUCUGUUUCUUCCAUCCCCCAAACCUGCCCUGAGCCUCCUGGAGUUGCUGCUAUGAAUCUGAAAGACUUGAAAAGCCUCAGGCUGCUGUGUGAACUUCAUCUCAAGGAGCCCAGCCACCCCUGGACUCCACCUUAGACCUCAGAGACUCAGAACUUCUGCCUCUAAGCUGCUCCUAAAGUCCAGACUAUGGAUGUGUUCUCUGGGCCUUCCGAACUCUAGAAUGUAUUUAUUUUUAUGUUCUCAACUUUGUGUUUUAGAAAAAGUGAAUCUUGCUGUUUUCAAUAAUGUGAAUGCUAUGUUCUGAGAAAAUCCACUAUGGCAUCUAAGUUUUGUGUACAGAGAGAUAUUUUUACAAUGACUUCCACCCCACCCCCCACAUCCCCCUGUACCCCACUCCACACUGAGUUUCUCUACCUAAUGGACCUCUGUGGCCAAAAAAUACCAUUCCAUUAAAACUAGAAAGGUGACUG